AUGGCUGCCCCCAUGGCUUACAGACGAGCCGUUUGCUCUCUAGCAAGGAUAUUUGUUGGAAUCACAAAAUUGGGAACAAAGGGUUUGAGCGCCUGUGGCGGUCAUAGGGAUUGUAGAAUAACUCGUUCCCAUGUCCCGCUGAGAUGGAGUACUUCCUUCCACACUGGAGCUGUGUUUUCAUCCCCUUCUUCAAUCAGAGUUACAGAUGAGCCUGAUACACUGUUCCAGAAGGUGUCAGUGUUGGUCAAAGGUCACGACAGGGCGGUCUUGGACAGCUAUGAAUUCUUUGCCACUAUGGCGGCUAAAGAGCUAGGAAUCACUCUUGACAAAGUUUUUGAACCCCCUAAGUACAUUGAAAGGUUAACACUCCUGAAGUCCGUCCACAUUUUCAAAAAACACAUGGUCCAGUAUGAGAUGAGGACACACUACCGAUGCAUUGAGCUUUCUCGUUUAACGGGCUCAACGGCACAAGUGUACCUUGAAUACAUUCAGAGGAAUCUCCCUGAAGGUGUAGCCAUGGAGGUGUCCAAGAUCGCCAUGGAAAAGGUUCCAGAGCACAUCCUCGAGCCCUUGUGGAAGAACCAGCCCACCGAUCGGACCGGCCAAUAAGAAACAGUCAGAGCAACAAUUGCUCGUUUAUAUCCAGAUGCCUAAAUGCAUUGGUGGGAAGGGUCUGAAGUGUUUCAUCAGCAAUAUAUGCUUUUUAAAGACAACUGGCCUGACCACGACUCAGAAAUAAGUUAACCUUAUUUCUAAUAAGAGAUCUUUCUAAAGGAAAAGAAGUAAAGCUCAUUCAUGAUUUCACUAUUUGACUAUGCAUAAGUCUUCAUUUGCUGCCAGUCAGCUCUUCAGAAAAAAAUGUUUUUCCUCAUCUGUGACUGUAAAUUACAAUCUGUUGUGCUUUUUUGUAAAUAAAUGUCGAACAUUGGAGCAAUCA